CCCUGCGCACCAGCGCCUUCGAGAGCCUCUACCAGGACAAGUUCCCUUUCUUCAACCCCAUCCAGACUCAGGUGUUCAACACAGUCUAUAACAGCGACGACAACGUGUUUGUGGGUGCCCCCACGGGCAGUGGGAAGACCAUCUGUGCUGAAUUUGCCAUCCUGAGGAUGCUGCUGCAGAACUCAGAGGGCCGCUGCGUCUACAUCACCCCCAUGGAGGCCCUGGCAGAGCAGGUCUUCAUGGACUGGUAUGAAAAGUUCCAGGAACGUCUCAAUAAGAAGGUUGUCUUGCUGACGGGGGAGACCAGCACUGACCUGAAGCUGCUGGGCAAAGGCAACAUCAUCAUCAGCACCCCAGAGAAGUGGGACAUCCUCUCACGGCGUUGGAAGCAACGCAAGAACGUCCAGAACGUCAACCUCUUCAUCGUGGAUGAAGUCCACCUCAUUGGGGGCGAAAACGGGCCGGUGCUGGAGGUCAUCUGCUCCCGCAUGCGCUACAUCUCCUCGCAGAUCGAGCGGCCCAUCCGCAUCGUGGCCCUCAGCUCCUCCCUCUCCAACGCCAAGGACGUGGCCCACUGGCUGGGCUGCAGUGCCACCUCCACCUUCAACUUCCACCCCAACGUCCGCCCCGUGCCCCUGGAGCUGCACAUUCAGGGUUUCAACAUCAGCCACACGCAGACUCGCCUGCUCUCCAUGGCCAAGCCUGUCUACCACGCCAUCAUGAAGCACUCCCCCAAGAAGCCAGUCAUUGUCUUCGUCCCCUCCCGCAAGCAGACGAGGCUCACGGCCAUCAACAUCCUCACCACGUGUGCCUCAGAUGUCCAGAGGCAAAGGUUCCUGCACUGUGCAGAGAAGGAUCUGGUGCCCUACCUGGACAAGCUCAACGACAACACCCUGAAGGAGACGUUGGUGAACGGCGUGGGCUACCUGCACGAGGGGCUGACCCCCAUGGAACGGCGGGUGGUGGAGCAGCUCUUCAGCUCUGGUGCAGUCCAGGUGAUGGUGGCCUCCCGCAGCCUCUGCUGGGGCAUGAACAUCUCUGCUCACCUCGUCAUCAUCAUGGACACCCAGUACUACAACGGCAAGAUCCACGCGUACGUGGAUUACCCCAUCUACGACGUGCUGCAGAUGGUGGGUCACGCCAACCGCCCGCUGCAGGACGACGAGGGCCGUUGUGUCAUCAUGUGCCAGGGGUCCAAGAAG